AUGGCCGCCUCAAUUAUCAGCCAGGAGCUCGUCCAGAUCUCGGGCCAGGCAAAAAUAGACCUCUUGUUGGUUGGAGAUGACACUGUUUAUCACCUGGCUGAUGCUCUACAGAAGCUUUUUGCAAAUACAGCAGAAGUCACCAUCACCAUUAGUGAUGUGCAGAAGGCAGCCACACUUUUAGACCAUUGCACAUUCGACAUGGUGUUCCUGAAGACAACUUCCUUCCUAAGUGUGGAGGAGCUAGAAGCUGUCAGGUCAAUUAGAUUUGGCAAGAAGAAAAAUACACAUUGGUUGUUUGUUUUUAUAAUCCCUGAAAAUUUUAAAGAUUGUAUUUCAGGGUAUGGAGCUGAUAUUACUUUAACAGAACCACUGACAAUGGAAAAAAUGAGUCUUGUGGUAAAAUAUUGGAAAACAUAUUUCUCAGAUACAGAUAAGAAUGAAAAUGCUAUAAGGGCUGAAGAACAUGAAUUACCCCUACAGAGUACCUUCAGUGAACACCUGGGGUAUUUUUCCACUGAUCUAUUCACUUGCGCUGAAUCUGUAAGAAAUGAUAUUGGACUUGAACUAAAGACUCCAUUGCCAGAUUUUGAGAAAAGCAAAAAGAUUUCCUUUCUUCAUUCAAGCAAAGAAAAGCUGAGAAGAGAACGAAUCAAAUAUUGCUGUGAGCAACUGCGUACUCUCUUGCCGUAUAUAAAGGGGAGAAAGAAUGACACGGCUUCAAUUCUUGAGGCAACMGUUGAUUAUGUGAAAUAUAUCCGGGACAAAAUCCCUCCAGCCAUUAUGGGCCAGAUUACAGAAGCCCUUCAGAACAAUCGGAGGUUUUGCAAGAAACAAAUGCCUAUCCAGCUAUCCCUCCCAGGCACUGUCUUGGCACAAAGGGAAAACAGUCUGUUGACAAGCACUUACUCCCCUGUGAGAGGGAUCCAGUUCCUGGCUAACAAGUGCUUGAAUAUGUAUUCCAUUGCUACUGCAGGGGACUCCUUGGAUCAAGUUGUGAGAGGUCAAUCAGRCUCCACUUCAGAGAGUGCUGCUAUUGGCGAUCUGUAUAAAACUAGAAUUCCCAGUGCAGCCCUCUCUCUCAAUUCCUUCCAUGCUGUCAGAUAUUAUUCUAAAGUCAUCCCUUCCUAUGAUGCAACUGCCGUAACAAAUCAGAGCAUUUCAAUUCAUUUACCGUCAGCUGUACCAAAAAUCUCAAAGUUUCUUCCCCAGCACUGCAACUCCAUGCUGGGCCAGACGAGUACAACACACCCCAACUGUCUGCAACAGUUUUGGGCAUAUUAA